AUGACGGAGGGAAACACAAAGAGCGAGGAAGCACAUAUAGGCAGCACCGUGACCACCACUAGGGGUUCAGGCGGGGUCCUAGGCACCGGGGCCAGCAGUGUUGUGACAACACAACAGUAUGCUGAACGACUGGAAUUUUACUUCGUGGCUAACAAAAUCACAGACGAAGGACAACAGGAGGCAAUUUUCCUGAGUUUGUGUGGCGCCAAAGUAUAUGCAGUGUUGCGGGAUUUGUGCCAGCCCGGUAAGCCGGCGGAUACAGACAUGACAUUGACGGAGAUGCUUCAGAAAUUAACGGAUCACUUUGCGCCAAAACCCAGUUUGAUUGUGGAACGAUUCAAUUUUCAUUCCAAAUUGAGACAACAAGGUCAGUCUGUUUCUUCGUUUGUUGCGGAGCUAAGGAGGCUCACGGAACAUUGCAAAUUUGGAACUGCAUUAGAUGACAUGCUUAGAGACAGACUUGUGUGUGGUAUCAACGAGGAUAGCAUCCAACGUCGUUUGUUGUCUGAGGAUGAUGAAAAAUUGACUCUAGCACGGGCCAUUGACUUGGCCACAUCGAUGGAAACAGCAUCCAAGGACCUGGCGGACUUCCAACUAACUGGGGCAGAAGGAACGGUCCACAAAGUCCAGCUAGGAGCAGAUCGGCGCGUCCCACUGAGUGGCUGUUUCCGGUGCGGUGGUAGUCAUGGGCCGACAGACUGCCGGUUCAUUGAUGCAAUUUGCCACAAUUGCCACAAAAGGGGGCACUUGGCCAGAAAAUGUCGCAGUGCCGGGCAGAUAAGGAAACCUGAAGGACCAACAUCAGGUGCAACUUACAGGUUGGGAAAUGAGACCGAAAAUGUAGAAUAUGCACACACACUCUAUAACCUGACUAUGGAGGAGAAAGUGGAACCAUACAAAGAGCACAUACAAAUAAAUGGACAUGACGUUGAAUUUGAAAUUGACACUGGAGCAGGCAUGACGAUAAUUACUGAGGACACGUACCAAAAGAUGGGGGGAGGAAGACUCCAACACACACAUGUGAAACUAUACACCUACACCAAAGACAAGGUGGGAGUGUUAGGGAAACUGCAAGUGCAAGUCAACUACAGAGGGCCAAAACAAUUACCAUUACUGGUGGUAAAGGGAGAGGGCCCAAAUCUCAUGGGCAGAAAUUGGUUGAAAGCAAUUAAAAUAGAUUGGAGCACUGUAUUUAGCCUGAGGUUAAGUAUGCAGCAGGACUUAGAUGAGCUACUCACGAGACAUGAGGAUGUUUUUAAGAAGGAACUGGGCAUGUUAGUCGGGGCCUCAGCAAAAAUCUAUGUCGAGCGAGAUGCCAAGCCAAGAUAUUUCAAAGCUCGACCACUGCCAUAUGCACUAAAAGACAACGUUGAGGCUGAAUUAGUAAGGCUGGAGAAGGAAGGCAUUCUUGAACCCGUGAACUUUUCGGAGUGGGCCGCCCCCAUUGUGCCCAUCAUAAAACCAGACAAAACAACUAGAAUCUGUGGGGACUAUAAAGUCACUGUAAACCCAGUGUCAAAAUUAGAUAACUACCCAAUCCCGAAAACAGAGGACUUGUUAGCAGUAUUAGGAGGUGGAAAAAAAUUUACCAAACUGGACAUGUCUCAAGCCUACCAGCAACUCAGGUUAGAUGAGGACUCAAAGAAGUUCACAACAAUAAACACACAUCGAGGACUAUACCAGUACACAAGAUUGCCGUAUGGAGUGUCUUCGGCACCAGGCAUUUUCCAGCGCACCAUGGAUGGUCUAUUGCAAGGACUGUCUCAAGUAGUGGUGAGAGUGGACGACAUCUUAGUAACAGGGAAGGAUGAUGCUAGCCACUUAAAAAAUCUCGGAGAGGUGCUUGAAAGAAUUGCAGCUGCAGGCCUUCGCUUGCAACGACAAAAAUGUGUGUUCAUGGCACCCGAGGUAGUGUAUCUCGGUUACAAAAUUAACUGCAACGGCAUCCAUCCAGUGGCAGAUAAAGUUGAAGCCAUUGUAAAUGCUCCUCAGCCAACUGACCAGACACAGUUGAAAUCGUUCCUUGGAAUGCUAAAUUACUAUCACAGAUUCUUGCCAAACAUAUCCACCAUCUUGGAGCCUUUACAUGAACUGCUGAGAAAGGGAAAUGCGUGGAAAUGGACGACGAAUCAGAGUCGAGCAUUCGAGGCAGCAAAAAAGUGUCUCCAAUCUGAUAAACUAUUGAUACACUUUGAUGACGGAAAGCCACUUUAUCUGGCCUGUGAUGCUUCCCCAUACGGUGUGGGGGCCGUUCUAUCUCACCGUUUCCCAGAUGGUUCAGAAAAGCCCAUUGGAUACAUGUCCCGUUCACUAACAGUGGCUGAGAGGGGUUACUCUCAAUUGGAAAAGGAGGCACUAGCCAUCAUGUUUGGCCUAAAAAAAAUUCAUCAAUACCUUUUCGGCAAGCACUGCACCAUCGUCACAGAUCACAAACCGCUGCUGGGUCUUUUGGGUGAGAGCAAAAGCAUUCCACAGUUGGCGGCAGCCAGAAUGCAGAGGUGGGCCUUGCUUUUGGCAGCUUAUGAAUACACCUUAGAAUACAAGGAAGGCUCGAAACAUAGGAACGCUGAUGCCUUAAGCCGACUCCCAUUGCCAGUCAUGCCCAGCAGUACACCACGCGAGGAGGAGGUAAUAAUGCUGAUGGAACACAUGAAUGGAACACCAUUGCAAGCCAAGCAGAUCCGGGACUGGACCAGACGAGAUCCAAUAUUGUCCAGAGUGCAACAAUGGCUGUUACAUGGUUCCUGGCCCAAGGUAUGUGCUGAUCCACGAGUGAAGCCGUAUAUGAAAAGACAGCAUGAGCUGAGUGUGGAGGAUGGCUGCCUUCUGUGGGGGACAAGGGUGGUAAUACCACCUCGGGGUCGGCAGGUAAUGACGGAAGAGCUACAUGCAGCUCAUCCAAGGGUCUCAAGGAUGAAAUCCCUAGCCCGAAGUUACGUAUGGUGGCCCAACAUGGAUGAGGAGUUGGAGGCAGCAGUGUGCAGAUGUCAUACAUGUCAAGCUAACCAGGCCACACCUCCGGCCGCGCCACUGCAUCCCUGGGAGUGGCCAAAUCAGCCAUGGAUGAGACUACAUUUGGAUUUUUGCGGGCCCAUUCUGGGAAAAAUGUUUUUGAUUGUCAUCGAUGCUUACUCCAAAUGGAUGGAGAUCAUCCCAAUGCAGUCCAUAACCUCCUCAAUAACUAUUGAGAAAUUGAGAAGCAUAUUUGCCACUCAUGGCAUCCCAGCAAGUCUGGUUACAGACAAUGGGCCAAGUCUGGUCAGUGCAGAGUUUGAAAAUUUCCUCAGAAAAAAUGACGUAAAACAUGUGACAACAGCCCCAUACCACCCGUCCUCAAAUGGCUGUGCGGAGCGCGCUGUACGGGUCUUCAAGGACGCCAUCAAGAAGAUGGGGGAGGGAAGUGUGGAAACAAAGGUGUCUAGGUUUCUCUUUAAAUACAGAUCAACCCCUCAGACUACAACCAGCAUUACGCCUGCGGAGCUGCUAAUGAACAGGAGAUUGCGAACGCAGCUGGACAUGGUCCGGCCAGCACUGUCAGACAAAGUGGGCUCAAACCAGGCAAAACAAAAACAAAACCAUGACAAAAGGGCCAGGGACCGAGUGUUCACAGACUGUGAGGCUGUAUACAUACGAGGAUAUGCGGGUCAGAAAUGGAUUCAGGCGAGACUCGUGGAGAGGACUGGUCCAUUGUCUUGGACAGCAAAAACUCAAGAUGGCAAGCUGGUGAGAAGACAUCAGGAUCAGAUCCGUCCACGUUAUGAUCAGAAGGAAACUCUUCGUGACACAUCAGAGUACAGUUUUCCCGAGGAUUUCCAUUCAGCACCACCAGGAGCAGUUGAUCAGGAACUAGUUGAUCAGGAACUAGUUGAUCUGGAACCCGAUGAGCAGGAACCAGGUGAUCAAGCACAGGAUGCAGAAGUGGGAGUCAGGGACACCGCUCGCCAAAGGAAACCUCCAUCAUAUCUUAAGGACUAUGUUCUCAUACAGACUCAGUGA